AUGAAAUGCAGGGGCCUUCGACAGAAGAAGCGUUUAUUUGCUCAAGUUGAACGAGGUAUUACCCAUUAUAGCAUAGUUCAAUCAAUACAAGCCCUUCAAGCAAUCUUGAAAUCAACAUGUUCAACACCACCUGCCGUGUCUGUUGGCUCUCCGAGUCCAUCACCAUCGCCAUCAAGUACAUCAUCUUCAAGUAACGCUUUAAAGUUUCAUUCAGCUUCAAGUACUGCUUUCAAGUUUAAUAAUUCAUCUUCGUCAACAAAUUCAUCAGCAGUGAAUAUUACUCAUUUUACGACAUUACAAACAUGUAUCGUGUAUAAUAACUCAAUUAACUCGGAUGUGAAAAGUAAUUAUUUAACUACUAGACGUCUUCGACCAGGUACUAUUCUUGAACAAUGUCGACCUCGAUCACUAUUGAAUAAUCAGAAUAACAUUAAUCAUACUGCAUCACGUACUAAUCUCUCUAAAUCAUCAUCACCCUCGCGUCAUGGAACGGGUUCAACACUUCGAACAUUUAUCUCAAGCAUACCACAAACAAUUAAUAAACACUUUACACAUCGUAAAGAUCGCUAUGAUUAUUUAGAAGUGAAAUGUCAACAUUCUGGUGAAUUAUUCCUAAUUAGAAUGGAUGAGAUAGGUGCAUUUGUACCUGUUAUCGCGCAUAUUAAUCCACCUCCACUAGUCUCUCGUCGAUCCUCUGGAGCUAAUAUAUUUGCAUCUUUGAAUAAAUCAACAUCUUCAAGCAAUACCCAUAGUCUAUUUACGGCUGAAGUUUUGAGUAAAUGUUCCAAUCAAUAUCCAUUCAUAACAGAACUAAUUACUAGUCGUCUGUUAGAAGAUAACGACGCUAAUAAUAAUAGUUGUUAUCCAUUUCGACGCAGUACAGUCCAUCGUUGUGAGACGAAACAUGCACGAAUAAUUGCAUUUGACAUGAAACAUUAUACAUUCAUUGAACUAGAUAAACAAAAUCAUCUCGAUUUAUACAUCAUUGAACAACAGGACAUAUUACAACGAUACCAAGCACAAAUCCGUUGGUGUAAUGAUAACAUUCAGCUGUUUCGAUCAAGUAUCAAGUCAAUAAUUUACACUCAAAAUGGUGGUUCACCAUUAUUCGUUCAAGCAUUACCAUCUGCAUCAAGUGACAUGUCAAGACGAAAUUCUAUUAUGUCAUCCAUUAUGACAUCGCCAUCGUUAACACAAACAAUCUGGAAUAGUCGUCCAACCCCCAGUUCAAUAUCAAAACGUGCAACACCUAUAAUAUCUCGAAUAGGUACACCAAUAAAAUUCUCAGCAUUUAAUACAGAACGAAAUAAUAAUCUUAAAAAGCCAGUAAUGGCCAAAUAUCUAAACGGUUUAUCAUCAGCACAAACACCGAAGGAACCGAUACAUAGUCGUAUCGAUGUAAGAGCAUAUUUCAAUGAUCCAAAAGUUCAAGAACGUCUAAGUAAUAAAAAGAAAAUUGAUGACGAUGAUAUGAAUAGUCGAUUACCACCACAGUAUCCGCCGUUCAAACGAACAACAUUUGUUCUCAAGAAACAUGAUCUGAGAUCAAAUAGUGCGGAAAGUGAUAGCGAAAAUGAAGAAGAUGAUGGUGAACAGAAUGAGUCAUAUGAAUGUACACCUCUCUAA